CGCCCACCCGCGAGUACUCGUCGCUCUACAUCGUGCGCCUGCGCUCCGCCCCCCCCCUCGCCGCGUAUCGCGGCGGGAUAGCGAGCUACUCGGGAUGGACGGACGACGACGACGAAGUUGAUAAUGAUGAUGAUGCUGGUCUGUCAGGUCUGCGGGCGACGGCGGCGACGGUUGCGCACGAGGCGGCGACGCUGGCUGGAAGCGUUCCGCGGCGCGCGCGACUGAGCACGGAGAACCCGCAGCUGAAGGCGUAUGCGCAGAUGCUGGAGACGCAGCAGACGCAGGUCGCGUCUGACGUGGGCGUGACGUCAGAUCGCAUUGUGUACAGCUACAAGCAUGCGAGCAACGGGUUUGCAGCAUCGCUGUCGCAGCAGCAGGUGUGGCGGCUGCGGCGGCACCCAGCAGUGGCGGCAGUGACGCGCAGCCGCACCGUCACGCCCCUCUCCGUCGACUCCCCCACGUUCCUGCGCAUGGGCGCCCCCGGGUCGCUGUGGCCUGCCACUGGCGGGCAGGAGAGUGCGGGCAAGGGCAUGGUGAUCGGCGUGGUGGACUCGGGCAUCUGGCCCGAGCACCCCUCCUUCAGCGAUGCCGGCUUCCCCUCCUCCCGCCCUGCUGGCUGGUCAGGGAAGUGCGCUGCCACGAGGGAGUUCAAGUGCAACAACAAGGUCAUCGGUGCGCGGGUCUUCUACAGGGGCUUCAGAGUGGAGUACGGCGAGCUAAACCGCACUAUUGAUUGGGUGUCGCCGAGGGAUUCGUACGGCCACGGCACAUGGUGUGCAGGUUUAGAGGGGCAUCCACUUGUGGCUGGUCAGUUCAGCGGCUGCCUUUUGACAUGCCUUUCUAGACUGCCUCUCUCCACUUUGGCCGACAUUGACGCUGCAGUGGACCAGGCGGUAGCCGACGGUGUAGAUGUCAUCUCAAUCUCUAUCGGCGCCGAGCAUCCCAAUGACACUUACUUCUCCCACACGCCGUACCUCAGUGCCAAUCUCGCGGGGGUGUUUGUGGCAUUCGCUGCAGGCAACGAUGGUCCUCCCCACCCUUCUCGCCGCACAAUUGAAAACUUCUCUCCCUUCUACCUCACUGUGGGGGCAAGCACCAUUGGCCGUGGCGGUCAAACCCUAGAGGCCUCUGCGCCAGCAUCUGCAGCUCUCAACAGCUCAUCCUCUGUGUCAGCCACCGCAGCAGCCACUGCCCAUCCUGUCAUUGCCAACUUCUCUGCCACCGGACCCCUCCGGGACCUCUCCACCGACGCCACUGGUGCCUUUCCCACCAACAGCAUCUUAAAGCCCGAUAUUGUUGGCCCGGGUGUGGAUCUGUACGAUGCAUGGCCGGCUAGGAAGGUCGGGAGCCCGGGGGGAUACUUGCGGGCGCGGGGGACGUCCAUGGCGACGCCUCACUUGGCGGGCAUUGCGGCUCUCAUCAUGCAGAAGCACCCCUCGUGGAGCCCCGCGCAGGUCAUGUCUGCCAUCUGCACCACUGCCACCACCAUUGACACCAGUGGUGCUGCCAUUAAAACGGCUUAUGGCAGGGCUGCCACACCGUGGGAUAUGGGAUCUGGCCAUGUUUUCCCACCCAAGGUGCUUGAUCCUGGCCUAACGUACGACGCUCGGGCAGCUGCUUAUAGGAAUUUCCUAGCCGGGCAGAGUAUGGCCCUGGCAAAGAGAUAUUUCCCAAGGGCUAAACUUAUUGCAGUUCCUCCCCAUGAGCUGAACCGUCCUAGCAUAUCAAUUUCCCACUUGAAAGGAAUGGUGACAGCAACGAGGAGAGUUACAAAUGUUGCCGACUCGUCAUCAACAUACACGGCGAGCAUAUGCCUCCUACAGGCGUGCAGGUGA